UUCUUGGGGUAACUGGGAUGUCCUCUUCCUGCUGAAGAUAAUCGGAAGCAAGAAUAGGACCAAAUGGGAAAGGGCAUUUUCAUCUCUUUCUAGUCACAGACCCGGGUGAAAUCCAACAUAUUUACAGCAUUUUAACUGUGGUCCUGCUACAUUCCGCUCGCUGUUUACAAGCUAUCAUCAAUAGUAGAUGUCAGUAGGCGGUGGAAAUGGAGCACGGAGACGUUUCGUCCACGAACGCAGACUGGAUGUCUCAACUGCCAGAGGAACUGUGGGGUACACCGCUUUGGGACCUGGCGAUACCCGGGAGUCAUGACAGCAUGAGUUACUGCCUGGAUACACACUCUCCUGUCUUGGGUUCUGAGUCAUUCAUGCUGCAGUUUCUGGAUCGACUGGCACCCUGCAUUGUACGCCCCUGUGUCUACCGCUGGGCCACCACACAGGCGUGGUGUAUUCCUGAUCAGUUGGAUGCUGGAAUCCGGUUCUUCGAUCUACGGAUCGCCCAUAAAAACAUAAAAAAUACACACAACACACAAGACUUGCUAAAAACACACAACACAGAUGACACUCUGUACUUCGCACACGCGAUCUAUACGCUACAGACUGUAAAGGAGGCCCUGUCAACCAUGGCUGUGUGGUUGAAGCAGCACCAGAAGGAGGUAGUGAUCCUGUCCUGUUCCCACUUCUACCUGCUGACUGACUCUGAGCACCAGGCCCUGGUCUGCUACAUCACUCAGCUGUUUAAAGACAAACUCUGCCCCCCACAGGUACAGGAUAGACAAGACCCCACUACUGCCUGUCUCAGUCAGGGUUGGGGUCAGUUCAGUUUUCAGAAAGUGGUGUCAGUUGGGGUGAGUUCGUGUUUUCAGGAAGUGGUGUUAGUUGGGGUGAGUUCACGUUUUCAGGAAGUGGUGCCAGUUGGGGUGAGUUCACGUUUUCAGGAAGUGGUGCCAGUUGGGGUGAGUUCACCUUUUCAGGAAGUGGUGCCAGUUGGGGUGAGUUCACCUUUUCAGGAAGUGGUGCCAGUUGGGGUGAGUUCACGUUUUCAGGAAGUGGUGCCAGUUGGGGUGAGUUCACCUUUUCAGGAAGUGGUGUUAGUUGGGGUGAGUUCACGUUUUCAGGAAGUGGUGCCAGUUGGGGUGAGUUCACGUUUUCAGGAAGUGGUGUUAGUUGGGGUGAGUUCACGUUUUCAGGAAGUGGUGCCAGUUGGGGUGAGUUCACGUUUUCAGGAAGUGGUGCCAGUUGGGGUGAGUUCACGUUUUCAGGAAGUGGUGCCAGUUGGGGUGAGUUCACGUUUUCUGGAAGUGGUGCCAGUUGGGGUGAGUUCACGUUUUCAGGAAGUGGUGCCAGUUGGGGUGAGUUCACGUUUUCAGGAAGUGGUGCCAGUUGGGGUGAGUUCACGUUUUCUGGAAGUGGUGCCAGUUGGGGUGAGUUUGCGUUUUCAGGAAGUGGUGCCAGUUGGGGUGAGUUCGUGUUUUCAUGAAGUGGUGCCAGUUGGGGUGAGUUCGUGUUUUCAGGAAGUGGUGCCAGUUGGGGUGAGUUCACGUUUUCAGGAAGUGGUGCCAGUUGGGGUGAGUUCACGUUUUCAGGAAGUGGUGCCAGUUGGGGUGAGUUCGUGUUUUCAGGAAGUGGUGUUAGUUGGGGUCAGAUAAGUUUUCAGGAAGUGAAGUGUCCAUUGUUUUCUGUGUUUUAUUGGCAUGAAAGGUGAAUGAACUCUCGUGUAUGUGUGUGUAGGAGACUCCCUAUCUGAGCCAGUGCUGGGAUCUGGGGCAGCAAGUCAUCAUUUCGUACGACAAUGAGACGAUUCUUCACCAACACAAGGAACUGUGGCCUA